AUGGUUAAUCUGAAUACGGUACUACCAAGAAAUGGUAGAAACUAUUACUUAGCUCUUGGAUUGGAAGGAUCUGCUAACAAAUUGGGGGUAGGCAUUGUUAAACAUCCGGUGUUGCCAGAACAUGAAGACGGCGAUCUAUCUUUUAAAUGUGAAUCUGAAAUUAUGGCCAAUAUCAGAGAUACGUAUGUGACACCACCGGGCGAAGGAUUUUUACCCAGAGAUACAGCUAGACAUCAUAGAAACUGGUGCGUCAGAUUAAUUAAAAGAGCAUUACAGGAGGCGGGCGUUAAAGAUCCGUCAAGGGAUUUAGAUGUUAUUUGUUUUACAAGAGGUCCUGGAAUGGGAGCACCAUUGCAUUCGGUGGCUAUUGCAGCAAGGACUAUUUCAUUACUUUGGGGUAUACCGCUUGUAGGUGUAAAUCAUUGUGUGGGUCACAUUGAAAUGGGUAGAGAAAUUACUGGUGCCGCUAAUCCUGUAGUUCUUUAUGUUAGUGGUGGUAAUACUCAAGUUAUCGCAUAUUCUGAAAAGAGGUAUAGAAUUUUCGGUGAAACACUUGAUAUUGCCAUUGGAAAUUGUCUAGAUCGGUUUGCACGUACAUUGAGAAUUCCAAAUUCUCCUUCGCCAGGCUACAAUAUUGAACAAUUAGCUAAAAAAUGCUCUGAUAAGGAGAGAUUGGUUGAACUGCCAUAUACCGUAAAGGGAAUGGACCUUUCUAUGAGUGGUAUCUUGGCUUAUAUUGAAACCCUUGCCAAGGAUCUGUUUAGAGGUAACAAGAAGAACAAAAUCUUAUUUGACCCAAAGACUGGUGAACAAAAAGUUACCGUUGAUGAUUUAUGUUUUGCACUACAAGAAAAUAUGUUUGCGAUGCUUGUUGAAAUUACAGAGCGUGCAAUGGCACAUGUAAAUUCUAACCAAGUUUUAGUGGUAGGUGGUGUUGGCUGUAACGAACGUUUACAGGAAAUGAUGGGUCAGAUGUGUGGUGAUAGAGCUCUCGGUCAAGUACAUGCUACAGAUGAAAGAUUUUGUAUCGAUAACGGUGUCAUGAUUGCCCAGGCUGGUCUUCUAGAAUACAGAAUGGGUCAAGCAACUACUGAUCUUAACGAAACGGUGGUAACUCAAAAAUUUAGAACUGAUGAAGUUUACGUAGGCUGGAGAGAGUAG